AUGAAGGGCUUUGUUACUGUGAAGGUCACCUUAGCCAUGCUUAUGGCUGCUAUUGUGGAUGCCAAGAUCUAUGAACGCUGUGAACUGGCACUGAAGCUGGAGAGGGCAGGCCUCAACAGCUUCAAGGGCUACACCGUUGGAGACUGGCUGUGCAUGGCACACUAUGAGAGUGGUUUUGACACUUCCUUCGUGGACCACAAUCCUGACGGCAGCAGUGAAUACGGCAUUUUCCAGCUGAACUCUGCCUGGUGGUGUGACAAUGGGAUUACACCCACCCGGAACCUCUGUCACAUGGAUUGUCGUGACCUGCUCAACCGCCAUCUUCUAGAUGAUAUCUUGUGUGCCAGGCAGGUGGUGUCCUCACAGAAUGGUAUGACUGCUUGGGAUUCUUGGAUCCGGCACUGCUACGGGCAUGAUUUAUCUGAAUGGCUCAAGGGAUGUAAUAUGCAUGCAAAACAUGACUCAAAGAAAAUUAAGUCAUGA